AUGACUUCUCCGUUUAAAUAGAUACUUGUAGUUUUGUAAAAGAAUUACAUAGUAUAUUUCUAAGAGAGACAAUUUGUAGGUGAAUUACUUGUACCUUUAAUAGUGUUUGUUAUGCUUUUGAUAGCUUGUAAAAAUUUAAGAAUAUUCUUAAAAUGUAGAAAAAGAAAAUAAUCUUGUAUUCCUUGAAGUGAUGGCUGAAUUUUUACCAAUGACCCUAAUAGUGACAUCUAGAUAUAUUGUGAUAUAGAUGAUAGCUGAAAAGAGUGAAAGAUAAAAGGAGAUAUAAAAGGUAAAAGAAAAUAAAUAAAAUUGUAGAUUAUGGGAUUACAAGGAUCAGCUUAUCAAUUAGGAUGGUUAUUGUUUAAUCUCACAAGAUUAUUAUUAGUGUGUUUAAUAUUUUUAGUUUUGGCUGUACCAACUGGAUGUUUUGAUCCUCCAAAGAUGGGUCAUGAAUUUUUGAAUAAAGGUUAAAUAGUAGGAAGUUUUAUUUUGUUUGGAUUAAGUUAAUGUGCAUAAUCAUAUUUCAUAUCUGCUUUAUUUGAUUAACCAAGAAGUGGAGCAGAUAUGUCUAUAAUAAUAAUAAUAAUUGGUUCAUUAUGUGCAUAACUCUUAAAUGUUGAUAAAGUUAAUAGGUAUAAAUAAAAAUAAGUAUUUUUAGUAAUGCAGGAAUUUUAACUAUUCUUGGUUUUGUUUUUCCUACAUUUGGUUUUGAUAUAUAUGUUUUUCCUUAAUUAGGAGGAAUGAGUGGAGACACAGUUUUAGGUAUAACUGAAGAAGGUUAUUUUAUAUUGUAAGCAUCAACAACAUUAAUAUAUGCAUUCUUGUAUUAUUAUUUUGAACAAGUAUUACCGAAUGAAUAUGGAACAAAUAAACAUCCUUUGUUUUGUAUUGGUUGCUAAUAUCAAACAGAUACAGAUGUUUUAUCUUCAUCCUAUGAAUUGGGAGGAAUGGGAAAACCAUUUCUUAGUAAUAGGUAAUCAGAAUUUUAAGAGGAUGCAAGUUCUGCAAUUUAUCAUGAAGUCUUUGAAAACAUUAAACAAGUUAAAGUAAUAUUCAACCUUUAUUUAUUUAGAAAGCUAUUUAAAUAAAAAAUGUAAGAAAAAGUUAUGGAGAACUUAAGGCUGUAGAUGGAGUUACAUUAUAAAUUUAUGAAUCUUAAAUUCUUUGUUUGUUAGGUCAUAAUGGAGCAGGUAAAACAACAUUGAUUUCUUUAUUGACUGGAUUAAUAAAAAAGGAUAGUGGAUUAAUAUCAUAUUAUAAUACAGAUACUAAUUUUGAUGAUAUUAGAUCAUAUUUAGGAAUAUGUCCUUAGAGAGAUGUUCUGUAUGAUUCAAUGACAUGUGAUUAACAUUUAUGGUAUUAUGGAAAGAUUAAAGGAAUAGAUGAAAAAUAAUUAUUUUUAGAUAUAGACACAAUUAUUAAUAAAUGUGAUCUUUUGAAUGAUCGAUCUAAAUUUGCUAAGAAUUUAUCAGGAGGAACUCGAAGAAAAUUAAGUUUGGCUAUAUCACUAAUAGGUUAAUCUAAAGUAAUAUUUUUGGAUGAACCAACAUCAGGAAUGGAUCCAAUUUCAAGAAAGAAAAUUUGGGAUAUUUUAUUAUAAGUAAAGAGUGAAGGAAGAUGUUUGGUAUUGACUACUCAUCAUUUAGAUGAAGCUGAAGUACUUUCAGAAAGAAUUGCUAUUAUGGCAAAAGGAAGACUCUUAACUGUAGGUUCAGUUGAUUUUGUUAAAGUCAAUUUUGGAAUUGGAUAUCAUCUAAAUAUUUAUAACAAAGGAAGUUCUGAUUGGAAUUUAAAAUCUAAGAAUUUAUUAGCUUUAACUAAACAAUGUGUUCCAUCAUCUAGAGAAAAUCCUCAAACUCCAUAAGAAUGUGUUAGUAUUUCAAUUAAUUUUGACAAAAAAGAAGAAUUGUUACCUUUAUUCUAAUAAUUAGAAAAGGAUCCUUAAAUAGAAUUGAAUUUAGUUAUGAAUACUUUAGAAGAAGCAUUCAUAAAUAUUGGUAUGGAUGAAGAAUCAUUUUUAAAAAAGAAAGUUUAAGGUCAAUAAAUAACUUAAGAUACUACUUAAGUAAAUUUAAAUGAAGAACUAAAUAAAAUAGUACCACCUACUUGUUUGAGUAGACCUCCUGUUUUUAAUUUUGGUUUACAAUUAUGGUCUUGCAUUCUAAAAAAACAUUAUAAUGUAACUACUAAGAGACUCAUCGUUGGAAUAAUUAUACCAGCAAUAUUGAUAAUUUUAGGACCAAUAUUAACUUAAGUGUAUUAUAAAUCAUUUGUCGAGAAAAAUGCUCGUGAAUAUGAAAAUGAAUUUUAUGAGAAUGCAUUAGCUAUUUUUGAUUCUUAUGGUUAUAUUAUUUUUGGAAUAGCUAUUGCUAGUUCAUAAGUAGGUAGUUAACCUGUAGAAGAAAGAGAAAAAAAAUAGAAAUAUGCACUUAAUGUGAUGGGUUGUAGAAUAUUACCAUUUUGGUUAGGCUAUUACCUUUACGAUUUAAUCAUAUGUAUAAUUUUGUUGAUUAUUUUUAUAAUCGCAAUUGUAGCAUGUGGUUACACUUAUUUAAACGAUGGAGUAUUUUAUACUUUAGUAUUUUUUAAUUUCUUUGCUUAUUUACCAUUUUCAUAUAUGUUUUCUUGGAUGUUUAAUUCAUUUAAUUCAGCUGUUAAAUCUUUACUCAUAAUUUAAAUAAUAGGUUUUUAUUUAAUGGCAGUAAUCUUCUAUCUACUUACAUUUUAACAUAUAGCAGGACUAUGGAUUCUUACAUUUUUAUGUCCUUCUUUAUCUUUUCUUUCAGGGUGUGUGACCUUUUUAAAUAGUUUACAUCUUGAAGGGAAAAAUAAAAGACAUAAACCUCAUUUAAGUGCUUUUGGAGAAGAUGUUGAUCCAUUUAUUUUUAUAAUAAUUUUAUUUUUAUAAGGUAUUGCUUAUUUUGCAAUAACUCUAUUACUUGAUAACAGAUAAUUAUUAGCUGCAAAUAAUAGUGGAUCAGAAAAUUAAAUUUCUGAUAAGGAUGUAUUAGCUGAAGAAUCAAGAGUUUUAGAUUUAAGAUGCUAAGAUAGAAUUAUUGCUAGAAAGAUUUCAAAAAUAUAUUCAAAUGGAUUUUCAGCUGUAAAAGGAACUUCUUUUGGUGUAGAACCAGGAUAAAUUUUUGGAUUAUUAGGACCUAAUGGAGCUGGAAAAUCAACUACAUUUAAUAUGAUAACAUCAAGAUUAAAACCAUCUUCUGGAAAUAUUUAUUUAGAAUAAGUAGAAAUAAAAAAAGGAAUGGGAGAUAUUUAUUAGAAUGUUGGAAUUUGUCCAUAAUUUGAUAGUCUUUAUGACAUAGUAUCAGUUAGAAAACAUUUACAAUUAUGGGGAUAUUUAAAAGGAUUGAAAGGAAUAGAAUUAGAAGAAUCUAUUUUAUAUUUUUUAAAGGUUAUGUAAUUAGAAAAUUAUGAAAAUUCAUUAGCUGGAUAAUUAAGUGGAGGAAAUAAACGAAAAUUAUGUGUUGCUUUAGCACUUAUGGGUGGAACAAAUAUGUAAUUCUUUGAUGAACCAUCUUCUGGUGUUGAUCCUAUUGCUCGUAGAUUUUUAUGGAAUGCUAUUCAAUAAGGUGUUAAAUUAAGAUAGAGUUCUGUUAUUUUAACUACACAUACUAUGGAUGAAGCUGAAAGUCUUUGUAAUAAAAUUGCAAUUCAAGUUAAUGGAUCUUUUGCCUGUAUUGGAUCUGUCUAACAUCUUAAAUAAAAAUAUGGGGAAGGUUAUAGAAUUGUAAUUGAUCCCAUUAAUCAAGUAUUUAUUUAUUCUAUUUAAAGGAAAGUAUUAAAUUAAUUUAAGAUUAAUUAAAUCAAAAAUUCUAAAAUUUCGAUUUUAGUGUUGAUGAACAUACUGGAAAAAUCGUUUGUAAAUUUCCUAUCUAAGGAUUCUAGUUUUAUUAAACCUUCUAUAUUUUCUAAUAAGUCUUAUAAAAUGAAUUAAAAUUAAUCAAAGAUUUUUAGAUAAGUUAACCAAAUCUAGAAUAAAUAUUUGUUUAAUUUGCAGCCUCACAAGUUACUGAAUAAGAAAAAGUACAAAUUUAAAAAAGAAGUUGCUAAAUUGCAAUUCUUUGCGGAAAUGAUGAGGAUAAUUGA